AUGCGUGGUGCUGGAUUACCAGGCAAGCAGACCGCCGCGUUCGUCAAAAAACGGAGAGGUCCAAUGCUCAUCCGCUUGAAAGCUCGUUCUCAGAACCAGCAGAUUGGCUGCCAUGAUGCUGUCGAAAUCGGCGUAGCUUUUUCCUUCCAUCUUUCCGAGUUUCUAGCUCGUCGUUUUGAAACAACUCACGUCACGUUGACAAUAGCCACCGCACGGUUGUACAAAUAA